GUUUUACGCUUGUAUCGACGCCGGGACUUGGUGAUGGCCCGCGAUCUUAGUUCAAUUUUGCUCAAUGCUCAAAGUCAAGGUAACUGUGGCAAGUAGGCUUGGUAUCAUGCUGUGCUCUUAGAACUGACCGUCAGAAAUGCAGCCGAGCACCAACUAUGCCAAUGGGAAUCACAAUCUUUGGUGAGCCCUUGUUUAAUUUAAACACCAUAACUCGCCUCGAUUGUAGCCACAAUUGAUGGUCGCGCUUGCAGAUGAACUUUCGGAGGAGGGUAGGAAUGAGCAUUCGUAGAGCUGUGUUGGAAACACGCGAUUCGCUUUGAAAAUCUGACUUAUGCUAAUAUAUCCAAUGCAGGCGACAACUUGCAGGACUUCAUCUGAAGAACUUACUGUUCGCCCGAGACGCGCAUAUAUCUGCAGAGAAAAAGAGAAAAUGGUAUACAGACGUAGACGCCAACUCCAGAUCUCAUGUGAAAAUAGCAUGCCUUAAGGUGUUGCGGUCCGCGAAUCCCCAAGCCGCGCACGCUGGUGCACUAGUCGUUGCCAAGAUAGGUGCAUUGGAGCUGCAGGAGAAACAAUGGCCAGAAUUGCUUGGACAGUUGCUCAAGAACAUGACAACAAAGGAUGUUGGAAACAGCAACCUCACGAAAACAUCUACUCUUGAGGCUCUCGGCUACCUCUGUGAAGAUCUUGAAGAAGAGGCGGUAGAUCAGACAGAGACAAAUCAAAUCCUGACUGCCAUAGUAGAUGGCAUGAGGGAAGAUGGUGCUAUUACAGUGAGAGUUGCCGCUGCACGAGCUCUUUUGAGUAGUCUAGUUUUUACACGGCACAAUUUUGACAAUGAGACAGAGCGAACGAUGAUCAUGCAGGUUCUCUGCACCGCAACAAAGAGCCCUGACGAGCAAUUGCGCAUCAUUGCAUUCGAGUCCCUAGCUCGCGUUGCAGCUCUUUAUUAUGAAAAGCUUCCACAGUAUAUUGAAGCUCUUUUCACGUUGACAUUGACGGCAAUACAACAAGAUAAAGACGAACAGGUUUCAAUGAUGGCUGUUGAAUUUUGGUCGUCCUUGUGUGAGGAAGAAUUGGAGAUUCUUGAAGAAACGAAUUCGGUUGAUCAGUCGCGCACAUUGUCACACCGACAAUGUGCGCGGUAUGUGUGCGCAGCAGCCAGUCAUAUCGUCCCUGUGCUGUUACAAUCCACCCUUGUCAAACAGGAUGAAUAUGCUGAUGAAGAUACCUGGAAUCUUAGUGCCGCUGGGGCGAUUUGUUUAGGCCUGGUAGCCCAAGCCGCCGGCGAUGCCAUAGUCCCCGAUGUUCUUGCUUUCGUCGAAAGCAACAUUCUGCACGCCGAAUGGCGGCGGCGUGAAGCCAGCAUCAUGGCCUUCGGUCAGCUUCUGGAUGGGCCAAAACCCGAGCUGCUCACUGACCCAGUGCAAACUGCAAUGCCCGUCCUUGUCCGAACCUUGAAAGACAACCACACAUUGGUCAAAGAUACAGCAGCUUGGACUCUUGGGCGGAUCUGUGAACUCCACGCGCAGCGAAUACCACAAGGUUACCUUCAGCCACUCGUCGAGAGCUUAGGCGGUGCCCUUCAGGAUAGUGCUAGAGUCGCAUCUCAAUCUUGCUUUGCACUACACAAUCUUGCACAAGCCUUUGAGCGUGCGCCCAGAAGUCGUGAAACGAAUGCUCUGUCACCUUUUUUUCGUCCUCUGUUGACGCAGCUUCUUGCUGCGACCGAAAGGCGUGACUGGCAAGAUCAUAAUCUUCGCGGCCAAGCUUAUGAAGCUGUCAACAUGUUGAUUCAAAAUCACGCACGCGACAUGCGACCAGUUGUUCUUGAGGUCAUGCAAGUAGUUCUACAACGGCUCCACUCGACGUUUUCAACUGUUGUUGUCUCGCAAGAUGACAAAGAGGAGCGUUAUCAAUUGCAGAGUCUCCUCUGUAGCGUGAUGCAAGUUAUUACACGCGCUGUAGACAAGGACAUCGAGCCGUUCUGUGAUCAUAUAGUUGCUUUGCUCCUACAGGUUCUCAAUAAUGAGCAUGCAAUAGCAUCGGAGGAGGCCUUUAUGGCCCUUGGAGCAAUUGCCUCUACAGUUGAACAAGCGUUCGACAAAUACAUGGGUGACUUUUUUCCUUUCCUCAUCAAAGGACUGCGAAAUUAUGCAGACUGGCAAGUCUGUUCCGCUUCGGUUGGAACAGCAGGUGACGUGUGUCGUGCGUUGGAGAGUCGGAUCCUCCCAUAUUGUGACGAAAUCGUCCGUUGUUUGCUAGAAGAUCUGCAAAAUCCAACUUUGAAUCGACAAGUCAAGCCAGCUGUGCUAUCUUGCUUUGGUGACAUUGCGCUCGCUGUUAGUGGGAAUUUUGUUAAGUAUCUCCCAUCCACACUCCAAAUGCUCGAGCAGGCCGCAGCGAUGAAGAUAUCGCCAGAUGAUGAAGAUCUAGUGGAGUACAUAACUGUCUUGCGCGAGGGCAUCUUGGAAGCGUACAUUGGCGUUGUUCAGGGGCUAGUCAUCAGAGCCUGUCUUCACGAUUCUUGUAGUAUUUGAGCCCAACUUCACAGGUUACAUGAUGGUGGUGGUUCACCAUUCAUAAAGCCUCAUCUAGGAAAUAUUUUUCAAUUUUUAGAAGUCGUAGUGAAUGAAAAUGGAGACGACCCAAGCCUCAUUAAGAAUUCAGUCGGGCUUAUUGGCGACCUAGCUACACUACUUGUCCAGCAUGCUGAAGAGGUGUGAUUGGCGUCUUUUUAAUAUAUUCAACUUUCGCCUAGUUCACUGAGAUUGUUCUUCUACACAGGUCUCAGUUUAUUUCCGACAAAACUUUGUCGUAGAAGUCAUACAGGAGGCACUUCGUCAAGACAGCCUUCGUGACAUCGCCCUUUGGACACAAACCAAGCGAGACACACUUCUAAGCUGAUACAGACCACCAUGAUUAGUGCAGCUACUUAUGUGAACUUUGUGUCACUACGGCAGUAUCCGUCACCAAGUAAAUAAAAUAUAUCCGGUUGAUAGAUCCAGGCCGCCUGAUACAUAUGACGCUGCUGCUAGGGGUAUCUAUCUUUGAAGCAAUGGCGGUUAAGACGACAGCUUAUAGAUGGAGUCAUUAAGGAGACGCUAGCUUACCUUACCCGGCUUUCAGCAACAUUGGCCCGGCCCCGUCGGACACUAUUGAUGGCGCGCAACCUUGGCGUCCGCGCACCCCGCUGCCCGAGUGGCCGGAUUUCGCAAGAACCCAAGUUCCGCACAUUCCAGCAUGUAAAUUCCAAGUUCCACAUCUCCCAGUGGCUAGGUUGGCACUUACCUGUAAUUACCCGUUUUUAA